CCGGGGCAGUCAGUCCGGCCCUCCUGCUCCAGGCGGGGAGGCAGGCGGUGGCGGCGGCGGGGAAGGGAAGAGGGAGGGGUCGCUUUCUCCUUCAUCCUCCUCCACCUCCAACAAACCGGGACCCGAGGACACUCUGAGGUGUGGUCGUUGUCGUCGUCGCCAUUGGGCCCCGAGAGGCCCCCCCUUCAGGCGGAGGCCAAGCUUCAGAAGUUAAUUUAUAACUACAUGAGAAGAUGGUGAGAUCACGAUCGAGAUCACCAAGAUGGAAACAAAGGUCUUCGUCGCCUCCCAUCAGGAAUUUGGAUCAUAGCAGACAGAGGCACAAUCACAUUAAUUAUAACUCUGAAUACAAGCCAUUCUGGAAAGACCCCAAAAAGUCUAUGCCUUGGAAAACAGAAGAUGGAAAACAUGGACUAGCUAAUUCUAGAUAUGUACCAUAUGAAACUAACCACCACCGACUUUAUGAACGUAGGUCAUAUUCUCCAACUCUGAAGAGAAUUCCUUCACAAGAUGCAUCUGUUCAUAAAUCUAGUAGAACACAUUCACCCGAAAGGGAUGAAAAUAACAGAAGAUGCCAACUUAAUUCCAGAUACUCAGAAAACUCCCGUAAAGAAUAUGAUCAGUCUUUUAAUCCAUCCAAAAUUCAUGUUAGAGAGAUGCAUGAAAACACCCGAGCUGUUGGAAACACAAAAGGAAUGAAAACUUUUCACAGGUCGUUGGGGACUUCAAGUAAAUUUGAGAGGAAGUGGAAUGACAGUGACUUGGGGCACCGCCAGUUACAAGAAGACAAGUAUGCUCGGUCGCCUCGAAGAUUUUCUAAUGAAUUUGAUACAAGGAGCUCUUUCCAGAAGAGGUAUCCUGAAGAUCAUGACUACAGAGAAUAUGGGCAUACAUAUGAAAGACCUGAAGAAGCAGGGUGGUAUGAUGAUAGAGGAACACUAAGAAAUUCCAAGUGGACACAGGAUCAUUCUUCAACAUCUAUCCAUGAGAAGGGAGAACAAAGAAAUCUUGGUCUGCAAAGUCAUCGUCCCGUUCAAAAGGAAUACAGUGACAGUUGUCAAACCAGGAUUUCGUAUGAUUAUAAUCAUAAACGGCAUAGAAAUCCAGAUGGAGAAAAGUACAUUUCUGACAAAAGAACAGAGAAGUAUGUCAAGUUGGAAGACAAGAAACAUCACCAUCCCAAAGAAGCUUGGAAUAGGAAACAUUCAGAUUGGUAUAGCAAUGAGAGAGUGGGCCAUUCAGAAGAGCCUCAUACUGAAGUGCCCGUGAAAUAUAUUUCUGGGAAAAGCUACAGUUCGUGUACUAAAACAUACAAAAGUGAUGCUGAUCUAUUGCCCUUUGAGAAAAAACAGAAGGAAAAAAUAAAGCCAGAUGUAAAUUUUAGAGAAAAAUUAGAUUUUUCCAGUAGUCGCCAGCAUGACACCCAUCACAAAAGUACAGAUGAGAAAGUUUCAAAUGUCCAUGCUAGGAAAGAAAAACUUACAGUCAAAGUGGAUACAAAGAAAACACUGAAUAAGUACAGGGGUUCUUCUAGCCAUACCAUGGAGAGGCAGACUUCACGUGACCUAGUAGCUGUGGGUAGGAAAACUGGAAAUUUCCAUCCAGUAUUUGAACAUAUAAAAUCUGUGACACAGAAGACAGAACAAAACCCAUCAAAAGAAUUUGCUCAGGAAAUCAUCACAAUUAUCCACCAAGUUAAAGCUAGUUAUUUCAAAUCAUCUGAUGUAACUUUACAUGAACGCUUUUCAAAAAUACAGAGUAAGCCCUUGGAAAGUGAAGUUAAAAGACAUUCAGAUCCAGAAAUUCACAGGAGAAUCGAUAUGUCUUUGGCAGAACUUCAGAAUAAACAUGCUGCUUCAUCUGAGUCUGCACAGAGUGUUGUAAGAAUUCUGGAAGAUCCAAAUGAUUUAAGACAUGACAUAGAGAGAAGAAGAAAAGAAAGGCUGAAGAAUGAAGAUGAUAAUUCAUUUUAUAUUGAUGGUAUAUCACAACGGGAUGAACAGAGGUCUAAUUUUCCAAAUGUACGAAACUCUCAACCUCAUGGAUUCCAGAAAUUUUCAAGAUUCCCAAUUGUACCUUUCAGGAAGUUUAUUAAGAAACCUUACAUGAAUCAUUAUUAUUCUGCAAAACCACAUCAUGAACUUACACAUAAUCAAUUUGAAGACAAUACUGAAAAUCCUGAAAGAUUUCGAAGACCAUUCAAGCCUCAUUUCACUGAUGGUCGACCUCACUUCAAAUCAAACUUAGUUCAGAAGGGUUUAUAUAUACAGGCUAAAUAUCAGCGACUACGUUAUGCUGGAGCAAGAGGAUUUGCCACUAAUAGAAUGAGAGGAGGAUUUUUGAGGAAACACCAGGACCUGGAAAUUUGAGCUGGAGUGUGGAAAUAGAUAUCCAUUAUGAUGAUUACUUAAUGGGAGCAUCGCUUUGGAUCUGACUGUUCUGUCAACUGUUGAAAUGGAAAAAGUAGAGCUAAUACUUUAACUUUUUCUUGAUAAAGAUAAUUUUAUUUUUCAGUAGUGUAAUGUUGCGGAACUUUUUUACAGUUUUAAUAAUGGCUUUUCAGAUAAUAGUGUUCAACUGAACAACGUAGGAUUGCUCCUUUUAGUUCCUCUUGCAGGCCAGAAUAAAACAACUGAAGGGAAUCUUUAUUUAUUGAAUACCAUUUUUCCUCUAAAGCAUGAUUUUGUUACUAGAACUUGAGCCGUCACAUACGGAAAUUUAUGUUUAAAGUUUAUUGCUUAUAUAAUAAAAAAUACAAAAAGUGCCUAUAUUAUGUGUUAACAGGAGUAUAUCAUUAUUUUCCCAAAAAAGUAUUGUCCAGUUUUGAUGUUUGGUUUGCCAAGAGGUUUUCUUUUGUAUAAGUUUUUUUGCAUACAAUUUGGUCCCUUCUGUUUGGCAAUACGAAGCUAUGUAAAUAUGCCAGGGAACCUGUGAACCCUUCAUAGGAAAUAAACUGUUAAAAUGAC